UCCCUUCCAGCAUCUCGGCCACGCUACCAGGCGUGCUUCAGCGGUGGAUGGGGACUGCUUUAUAGAGGCUUGUGGGAAACCUGCAGCUGGAACCCAGCUGAGAACAAGCAUAGUUAGCGUCCAUUCACUCCCAGCUCCCAGAGCACCUUGCAAGCCGCCUCGCUCAGAGCCAGGCUCAGAGCGGCAGAGAGAAUUUGACCCACUUGCCCGGCUGUGCUGCGUAGACUGGAGGCAGGAGAACAGAGGCAGCGCCGGACGGGUCAAUGCCAGCCGGAUGAUGACCAGUUGUGGCCAGCGGUCCCGGAACGUGCUCGCAGUAUUCUCCCUGUUGUUUCCUGCAGUCCUGUCCGCACAUUUCCGGGUCUGUGAGCCUUACACGGAUCACAAAGGCCGCUACCACUUUGGCUUCCACUGCCCCCGGCUCUCGGACAACAAAACCUUCGUCCUCUGCUGUCACCAUAACAACACUGUCUUCAAAUACUGCUGCAACGAGACGGAGUUCCAGGCGGUCAUGCAGGCAAACCUCACGGCCGGCCCCGAGGGCUACAUGCACAACAACUACACUGCGCUUCUGGGAGUGUGGAUUUACGGCUUCUUCGUGCUCACGCUGCUGGUCCUGGAUCUGCUCUAUUAUUCCGCCAUGAACUACGAUAUUUGCAAGGUUUACCUCACUCGGUGGGGGAUCCAGGGACGGUGGAUGAAACAGGACCCCCGGCGGUGGGGGAACCCUGCUCGAGCCCCUCGGCCAGGACAGCCGGCCCCACAGCCGCAGCCUCCCCCUGGUACCCUGCCGCAAGCCCCCCAGGCCGUGCACACACUGCGGGGAGACACACACAGCCCACCCCUGAUGACCUUCCAGAGCUCAUCCGCCUGAAAACCCUUUUGCUGUGCCUCAGGAUGGAGGAGGCUAGACCCAGAGCACCUGGUGCAGCCUCCAAGAGCAGCUUCAACCAAGACACCGGGGAGAGCUGGGGCAGCGGCGUGGUAACGAAAGAGGAAGUACCACCUGUGCCCAGAACCCCCUUCCGUGAACUUCUGAGAUUAGGAGCAAACUCAGGGUCCGGGGACAGGGUGCAGGAAAGGGGCUCUGAGCCACCUGUCUGCAAGCAAUAGUUCUCUCUGGGGCUGGUGGCUUCUGAGAAGAGACUCCGUGUGGAUUGAGGUGACCAACACUCAGCUGCUCUGGCUGAUCCCAGCCAGAGGGAUUUGGGGCCAUGAGUUGUACCAUGGUCCAAAACACUGACGUUUCCCCUGCCUCCACCCCCUCCAAUAGCGGCCCCCUUAGGCCUAUCCGUGUCGGAAUAUUGAACUUGAGUGUGUGUGCGCACGUGUGUGAUCAGGGUGUUUCUCUAUGUUCAGUCAGUUAGCUUGUCAUUGAGCCCCAUUGCCACUGGCUGCAGGUUCUCCGAUGAGCACAAGUUGCCGUGUGGCUGAGGAGUCUUGCCCGUGUCCUCGUUUGAGGCUCAGGUCUCUUGCUGUGGCCAGCAACUGUGAACCGGUGGAGUCGGUAGGCACAAUGCCCAACCUUCCUGUGCAUGCUGCAAGCAGUGGGGGACUGGAGCAUACCAGUGAUGGGUGGUUCUGGUGGAAUCUGUUCUCGUAGCAGCUGCAUUGAGGAAGCAUCUUAACUGGCUGUGUGCGGCCUAGGUCGGAUGUGUUGUUGUGUGCACCAUCACAGCCCCUGGGAGUGGGGGUGCUAUUGUCACUGGAAAGAGUGCAGCUUGAGGAAGGGUGCCACAUUUAUAUGCCAGGAAGUGAUCAACUCCGUAGUUUGGCCCCAGAAUGACAAGAACCCAAAUCCAAGUUUUGAUUCCCAGGGUGUAACAGGCUCUAUAACCAAGGUCCCCCAGUGUGGUCACUAGAGCACGUGCCUGACAUUUUCGCAGUGAGUGCAGCACCUCCCCAGCUCAGGUCCUCCACUGUCUUUGCCUGAGCUCACACUGGCCACGUACCUGCUGUGCACCAGGCCAGGCAGUGGUAAGGUCCAGAAGUGAUUGGGAGCUGCCACACCUCGAAAGGAGGAAACCACACAGCCACAAAGACGGUUUCUAUGGAAACCCAGAACAGAGGGUUCCAUGAAUCUGUCCACUUACAAUGGGGGCUUCCAAGUAAGCCUGGGUGCCUGUAACAUCUCCCCAAAGAGCUCGUUAUCUCUGCCCCAAAACCCACUGCCUGUGGCACACAAAAGGAAGGACAUCCCCCAGAAGUGACCCUGUAAAUCUCCAGAGGUCACAUUGGCAAUGUAGACAGGGCCAUCUCACCCCUAUGAAGGAGGCCAAACUGUCUCUCCCUGCCCUCAGCCUGUGACCCAUUCUUCCUGAAGCUGCAUCCUUCCUUGAUCAGUGCUGUCCCCACAUGGGGUGGUGGUCUUCCCUCCCCACACUGCGGAGAACAAUAGGCAAGGACAGCAAGGAAAGAAGGGCCAGCGUGGAGGUGCCCAUGAAGACUACGAAGAUCUAUCAUGGAGGCCAAGUGGGGCUUAGGUGGCCAGGGUCUAAACAGGAUCUAGAUAAGAGGAGUGUGCCCAGGAAAGCUGCAGCCAAUCCAGAGGUUCCUGCCUGUCAGGUUCCUAAAAGUAAACAAUCCAGGAUGGCCAGGAGCAGCAGAGGUGAAGGGAUGGAUCCACCUGCGGGUCUCUGUAGUUACCGGAAUGGAUCUCUGCAGUCACCAUAAUGGCGUCCACACAACAAUGCAUCACCACUGACAGUGCUGUGUUCGAGUACAUAAAACUCUUUCCACUCUGGCAGGUUCUUCAUUCUUCAACCCACAAAAGUGAGGGAUAGCCCCAUUUGUAGGCAUGGAAGCUGUCACUGAUGGCUCUAGAGGCCUAUUGAGCCCACUGGCCUCUGUCUCUGCACCCAGUCCAUUUCUCUCAGACACACUGCUGGGUUCUGCACACACCCAGGAGAGCCUCUGCAUGCAUCUUGAUUAAAGAUGGGCGUGGAUCCUCUCCCACAUCCUAGGGUGUGGGACAGCCAUUGCCCUGGAGGGUUCUUAGCAGUGGACUGGCUGGAUCAGGUCACACUUAACACCUCAAGGGAGAGCUUCUGCAGGGAAGAGGAUUCGGGGGCUAUUAAGAUAGAGAUUCUGAUAGCACCUGAGCAAAGUGAUCACAGGCCUUCCUGCCUCAGUUUCCUCAGUACUGAGAGGAAGGAGCCCUACCAGAUGUUGAGGCGACUUCUGGUUUGGGGUGGCUCUGGGUAACACUCUUGAAGCCGCUUGCACAGGGCUCAGAGCUACUUCCUCUGUGAAGCCUCCUUCCUCAGACACAGGAAGGGUCAUGACCAUGCAGACAGCAGGGUACUGGGUGGGGGGUGGAGGUCCCCAUCAGAGGCCUCUUAGGGGAUAGCUGAAGGUCCCCAUGAAGUUUCUGGCUGGGAUCUGCUGGGAUGCAUCUCUCAUGUGUGUGUCUGAGGCUAAGAAUCUAGACACUGUCCAGGACACAGGAGUACCCCCAUCCCCAGAGGACAACAUAGCCUUUGACUUAGCAGGCCCUGGGGACCCUGCUCCCUCCCAGAUGGGUCGACCCUGGCUCCCCCACCACCCAUCCUCUCUGAUCCUCCUCUCUUCAGUUGGCAAACAGGCGUUAGAGGUCAAGGUUUUACCCAAUGCUGCCUCCGGAGCUAUUACUGGAGGCAAGAGCUGUGUCCAUGUGGGUGUGAGCGCCCGGGUGGGCUGCAGGACCCCAGGUGGCCAUGAUGAAAAUCUGUCCCUUGCCCAUGGUGUCUGUGGAUAACAGAUAUGCCAAUGAGUAGCAUGUCCUAAAAGGAUACAGAGUAGAGACAAGGUCCUGAACAAUUGUUGAGCUGUGUUGCUGCCAAAACUUCCCCACUGCUGUCUCCUCCAGCUGCAUCUGUCCUCUUCUUCCUGUGUGCCUCAGGCUACAGACAGUACAUUCUGGCAGCAACAAGUAGCCACAGGAAGCAGAGAAGCUGCAGACAUGGUGUGCCCACGGAGGGGCAUGGAAUGUCUUCGUGUCUGUCUGGCUUUUUCCCAGUGAGAACUCUAUGUCCCUAGUGAUCAGUGUUACACCCUGUCAUCUGUGAGCUCUGGAACCUCCAUUUAGAACUUCUCCCUGGUUGGCUGUACUCACCAAGGAAAUGGCUUGCUCAUCCCGUGUAGGAGUGGCCAAGCAUCUGACGGUGACUGUGACCAGUGCGCAACAGGCCUUAAUACAAAUAGAAGCGAGUGCAUAUGCACACACACACACACACACACACAAAUGUGUACACCCAGGAAACACACAUGUAUACACACACAUAUACAUGCACCCAUACAUGUGAACAUAACUUAUACUUGUUCAUGUGUCCACACAUGCGGACGCACGCACGCGCGCACACACACACAAUGUAUACACAUAUGCAUACAUCCAUGUGUGCUCGUAUAUACACACACCUGUGAGUGUAAUUUGCACAUGUUCAGUAAUGAACACUUGUGAACAUACAUAUGUAUACUGAGAACAGAUAUAAGCACUCAAGUAUACAUGCACACCCACGAAUACCACAUGCACAUGUUCACACAUGUCCAAAAAUACAUUCACAUGUGUACAAAUGUACCCUCACGUGAACACACACAUACGUGAUCUGCAAGAGGCAGUGAGAAUAUCCUCGGGCUUCCAGACAUUUCUUAGAGGCUUGUUUUAAUUUUUCCAUCUGGCUGCUCAGUUCCCACUAACAGGAGUUUCUUGGGAGGUGACCAUGAGAGUCCCCAGGGAUUCAGGCACAGGCGAUAACCUGUGCAACCUCCUGAGCAUUUCCUGUGUGUGUGAAGAGUGUGGAGCCGGCACACCAUCUGCCAGGGAGCUUUGCUGGGGCAGUGGCAGCCUUGGGUGAGUCACACAGCUCACUGUGUGUGUUCCAGUGUCUGCCUGGUCAGACCAGAAGACCAUGAGGAAAUGAUGUCCUGGGGCAAAGGUAGUGUUCUGUACCCUCUAGAAAAGUGCAGCUUUGUGCCUACCGUGUAUCAGUACCACCAUGGUUUCCUGCCCCUUCCGCAGCCUCAACAACGUGCCUGUACUUCGUGGCUGUGGUUGGAAUGAUUGACAGCACAGGGACACGUCCCACCCCCAUGCUGCUCAAAUCCUCAUCUGCCCAGCAGACACUCUGCUGAGCAGCUCUGGCAGCCCCUGCUGUGCCAUUGGGGCUCACCUGAAGUCACUCCUGUGCAGACACAGGUGUUGCAUCACAAAACAAGCAGUGGUCCCCUGACAGGCCGGCGGUCUACCACUGCUGACCCGACUCUGUGCCUAACAGAAACACUCCCACCC